ACAGAGAAAAACACUCAACAGUUGGCCGCAAUACAAAAAAUCGAACAGGGGGCAGAAACCAGCAAUAUGCAGAACGAUAAGGAUGGCAGGGUGAUGACCAAACGCAAGACCAGAAGUUCUUCAAAUUAAUGGAUGUAUCUCGAGGAAAGAAAGGUAGAACUGAAGAUGGUGUGAUCCAGAUUGAUGGUGAUUUUGCAUGCAGAUUGGAAUGACGUAGUUUGGAAAGGCCUUACAAGAUUUUCUUACUUACAAUUCGCCAAGAAGGAUGAAACAAAGUUUAUGCUUCCAACACAUCUCAAGUACACUAGAGAGGAAGUGAACCUUGCC